CGCCACGGUCUGGGUGGUUCAUUCUUCUUCUUCCGCCGAUUUCUUCACAUUUUCUCUUUCUGGUAUUCAAACAUUGUAAAACGACACCGUUAGCACCAUGUUUGAUGAAAGCAAGUUCGAUGUCAAUCUCAAGCUCUGGGCUCUUAGAAUUCCCCGUGAACUCUGUAAAAGCGCAUCUCGCAUUCUCAAUGGAUACAUGCUUAACAUGCCGCGAAUUAAGCCCAUCACUGAAGAUCCUACCUGUGAAAAGACUCGUUUGGUGAUAUUGUCCGAAAGUGUUAAAAAUGCUGAUUUGUCGGAGAUACCCGAGGAAAAACUAAACCAGCUUAAGAAACUUAGUGAACUUGAGGUUGUUCCUCAUUCGGUUACUCUUGGGUAUUCCUAUUGGAGUGCAGACCACCUUUUGAAGCAGAUUCUACCAGAUGGAUUGGAUAUACCUUCCUCUUUUGAAACUAUAGGUCAUAUUGCCCACUUAAAUCUACAUGAUGAGCUCCUUCCAUUCAAAGAUGUUAUAGCAAAGGUUAUCUACGACAAAAAUUAUCCAAGGAUCAAGACAAUUGUUAAUAAAGUUGGGACUAUCAGUAAUGAGUUUCGAGUUCCAAAGUUUGAAGUGUUAGCUGGAGAAAAUGGGAUGGAAACAGAAGUAAAGCAAUAUGGGGCUAGAUUUAAGCUGGACUAUGGCUUGGUUUAUUGGAAUUCAAGAUUGGAACAUGAGCACAUGCGGCUUUCAUCUUUGUUUAAACCUGGGGAAACCGUAUGUGAUAUGUUUGCUGGUAUUGGGCCUUUUGCUAUUCCAGCUGCACAGAAAGGAUGCUUUGUGUAUGCAAAUGAUUUAAAUCCAGACAGUGUUCGGUACUUGAAGAUCAAUGCAAAGUUCAAUAAGGUUGAUGAUUUGAUUUGUGUGCACAACAUGGAUGCUCGUAAAUUUUUCUCUCACUUGAUGGCGGUGUCAACUUGCGAGGAUAAUUUGCAAUCAGUGGCUGAUAAUGAUAAAACAAAGGAAGCAGCCGUGAGUCGAGGAGGUGAGACUAAUUCCAGUGGAGAGGAAAUACGUGAAUCCAAUGCAAGCAUAAAUGAGCCUCUUGGUGCAAAUAAGAAGCCAUCUGGUACUACAAAGACGGAAAAUGGGGUAGGAAAAGACUGCAAGAGUAUAGAAGGACACGCAAAUAAGAGAUUGAGACAAACGUUGCUUCCAAUCGCAAAGCCGUGGGAACAUAUCGACCAUGUUAUUAUGAACCUUCCAGCAUCUGCCUUGCAGUUUCUUGAUUCGUUCAGUAAUGUUAUUCAAAAGAAGUAUUGGAAAGGACCUCUUCCAUUAAUUCAUUGCUAUUGUUUCAUCCGUGCAAGCGAAACCACAGAGUUUAUAAUUGCAGAAGCUGAAACUGCUUUGAAGUUCCAUAUAGAAGAUCCAGUCUUCCACAAGGUUAGAGAUGUUGCUCCAAACAAGGCUAUGUUUUGCCUAAGCUUUAGACUACCUGAAGCAUGCUUGAAGCAAGAAGAGUAAAAGACAUUUCUAGGAAAGAAAGAAGAAUCAAAAAACGCAUUUGAAAUCUUUUCUUUUUGCUUUUGGUAUUGUUUGUUUGAUUCCAUGGCACAUAGAGUCAGCUACUGCAUAAGUUGAUAGAAAAUGGGGACACUUAAAUUUGCUUAAUAGUAUUUAACAGAAGCUGAAGACUUUUGAUAAAAUUAA